GCUUUUCCACCAUUCAAGCAGCAAAACUCCGGUCCUCGGUCACUGCUUCUAACCGGACACCAGCAACAGAGUGCGGAGCAAGCACUGAAGACUCAGCUUUUUUGCAGAACGUUGGUUUUCGAUUCAGGCGCAAACUUAGCCACGAGAAAGGAAACUUUGAGUCAGCGGCAUUGAUAAUGGGGUUUCUCACUAGGCCGGAACCAAAGUGCUGAGGCCGUUGGGGCGCAGCGGAAGAUGAGGGGAGACGGGGUGACUAAUACCGGAAACGGAAACUGCUCGCGGCUCCCAUGGUUUGAAGGGGAGAGAUUAGCUCGAGCCUGCGAGAUGGCGGUUUCCAUGGAGACGCAGCUCCAGAGCAUCUUCGAGGAGGUGGUGAAAACUGAAGUAAUCGAGGAAGCCUUUGCUGGUAUGUUUAUGGACACAGCUGAAGAUGAGAAAACCAAGCUGAUUAGCUGCCUUGGAGCUUUCAGACAACUCUGGACAAAUCUUCCUCAGGAAUCCCAUGAACAGUGUGUGCAGUGGAUUGUUCGCUUCAUCCAUGGGCAGCACAACCCCAAGAGGAUUUCCUUUUUGUAUGACUGUUUGGCAAUGGCAGUUGAAAGCGGGUUGCUGCCUCCCAGACUGGUCUGUGAGUCUUUAAUUAACUCUGAAAAUUUGGAAUGGGAGAGGAUGCAGCUUUGGGCUCUAACGUUUAAACUCAUUCGAAAAAUAAUAGGUGGCGUUGACUACAAGGGUGUAAGAGACCUGUUGAAAGCAAUUCUAGAGAAGAUCCAAACUAUUCCUAACACAGUCAGUUCUGCUGUUGUUCAACAAUUGCAAACAGCCAAAGAUGUUGUGGCAUACAUCUUGGACAGAAACGCUUGUUUGUUGCCAGCAUAUUUUGCAGUUACUGAGAUUAGAAAGCUUUAUCCUGAAGGAAAAUUAUCUCAUUGGUUGCUAGGCAACCUGGCAUCUGAUUUUGUGGACAGCUUUAGACCCACUGCACGAAUAAACUCUAUCUGUGGACGCUGCAGUCUUUUGCCAGUGGUGAAUAACUCCGGUGCAAUCUGCAAUUCUUGGAAACUGGAUCCAACAACACUUCGUUUUCCUUUGAGAGGACUCUUGCCUUAUGACAAGGAUCUUUUUGACCCGCAGACUGCUCUAUUGAGAUAUGUUUUAGAACAGCCUUACUCCAGGGAUAUGGUCUGCAACAUGCUAGGUCUGAAUAAACAGACCUUGAACAUUGCUCAGCACAAACAGCGCUGUCCAGUUUUGGAAGACCAGCUUGUGGAUUUAGUGGUUUAUGCAAUGGAACGCUCUGAGACAGAAGAAAAGUUUGAUGAUGGAGGCACCAGUCAGUUAUUGUGGCAGCACCUCUCGAGUCAACUCAUUUUCUUUGUCUUAUUUCAAUUUGCUAGUUUCCCACACAUGGUGUUAUCACUUCAUCAGAAGCUGGCAGGCCGAGGUCUAAUAAAAGGGCGAGACCAUCUGAUGUGGGUUUUGUUGCAGUUCAUUUCUGGCAGUAUCCAGAAGAAUGCACUAGCUGAUUUCCUCCCAGUGAUGAAGCUGUUUGAUCUGCUGUACCCAGAGAAAGAAUGCAUUCCUGUACCUGACAUUAGCAAACCACAGUCUACUCAUGCUUUUGCCAUGACUUGUAUCUGGAUCCAUCUCAACAGGAAGGCACAAAAUGAUAACUCCAAACUGCAGAUCCCCAUCCCUCACUCUCUCAAACUGCACCAUGAAUUUUUACAGCAAAGUUUGAGAAACAAAAGCCUACAGAUGAACGAUUACAAGAUUGCCUUGCUGUGCAAUGCAUAUUCUACUAAUUCUGAAUGUUUUACAUUACCUAUGGGAGUAUUGGUUGAAACCAUUUAUGGGAAUGGAAGCUUGAGGAUAUCUCUUCCUGGAACAAACUGCACGGCUUCGGGAUCUAUUACCCCACUACCGAUGAACUUAUUAGAUUCACUAACCGUUCAUGCCAAAAUGAGCCUCAUUCACAGUAUAGCUACAAGGGUGAUCAAACUAGCCCAUGCUAAAUCGAGCCUAGCAUUGGCUCCUGCUCUCGUGGAAACCUACAGUCGUCUCCUAGUUUAUAUGGAGAUUGAAUCUCUUGGAAUUAAAGGUUUUAUCAGCCAGCUUUUACCAAAUGUUUUCAAGUCGCAUGCUUGGGGGAUCCUACACACUCUGCUGGAGAUGUUCAGCUAUCGCAUGCAUCACAUCCAACCUCACUACAGAGUACAGCUGUUAAGCCACCUUCAUUCAUUGGCAGCUGUACCACAGACCAAUCAAAACCAACUUCACCUGUGUGUUGAAAGCACAGCUCUCCGACUGAUCACAGCAUUGGGCAGUUCAGAGGUCCAGCCCCAAUUCACACGGUUUCUCAGUGACCCCAAAACAGUUCUUUCUGCUGAGUCGGAGGAACUUAACAGAGCUCUAAUCCUAACUCUAGCUAGAGCAACACAUGUAACUGACUUUUUUACAGGCUCAGAAUCUAUACAAGGUACCUGGUGUAAAGACAUUCUACAGACUAUCAUGGUUUUCACCCCACACAAUUGGGCUUCACACACUCUCAGCUGUUUCCCAGCUCCAUUACAAGCGUUUUUCAAGCAGAACAAUGUGCCUCAGGAGAGUCGGUUUAAUUUAAAGAAGAACGUAGAAGAAGAAUACAGGAAGUGGAAGUCCAUGACCAAUGAGAAUGAUAUCAUCACUCACUUUUCCAUGCAGGGAUCUCCACCACUCUUCCUCUGUCUGCUGUGGAAAAUGUUAUUAGAGACAGAUCACAUUAACCAGAUUGGCUACAGAGUGUUGGAAAGAAUAGGAGCUAGAGCUUUGGUUGCUCACGUUCGAACAUUUGCUGACUUCCUAGUCUACGAAUUUUCAACCUCUGCUGGAGGACAACAACUGAAUAAAUGCAUAGAGAUCCUCAAUGACAUGGUGUGGAAAUAUAACAUCGUCACCUUGGACAGAUUGAUAUUAUGCCUGGCUUUGCGAAGUCAUGAGGGAAAUGAGGCCCAAGUCUGUUACUUCAUUAUUCAGCUACUGCUGUUAAAACCAAAUGAUUUUAGGAACCGAGUGAGUGACUUUGUGAAGGAAAACUCCCCAGAGCACUGGCUGCAGAGUGACUGGCAUACAAAACACAUGAACUACCACAAGAAAUAUCCUGAAAAGCUGUAUUUUGAGGGCCUGGCUGAACAGGUUAAUCCCCCCGUCCAGAUUCAGCCUCAGUAUCUCCCCAUUUAUUUUGGAAAUGUCUGCCUUCGAUUUUUGCCAGUGUUUGAUAUUGUAAUCCACAGAUUUUUAGAAUUACUUCCAGUUUCAAAAUCUUUGGAAACACUUCUUGAUCACCUAGGAGGCCUAUAUAAGUUUCAUGACCGGCCUGUGACCUACCUGUACAACACACUUCAUUAUUAUGAGAGACAUCUGCGAGAUCGCACAAAUCUUAAACGCAAGCUCGUUCAUGCAGUCAUUGGCUCACUAAAAGAUAACAGACCGCAAGGCUGGUGUUUAAGUGAAACCUAUCUGAAAUCUGCCAUGAAUGCACGAGAAGACAAUCCAUGGGUUCCUGACGACACAUACUACUGCAAGUUAAUUGGUCGAUUAGUAGAGACAAUGGCAGGAAAAUCACCUGGUCCAUUUCCAAACUGUGACUGGCGAUUCAAUGAAUUUCCCAACCCAGCAGCACAUGCCCUUCAUGUAACCUGUGUGGAACUUAUGGCAUUGUCUGUUCCAGGGAAGGAAGUAGGAAAUGCACUUCUUAAUGUCGUACUUAAGAGCCAGCCAUUAGUGCCGAGAGAGAACAUUACUGCCUGGAUGAAUGCAAUCGGACUUGUAAUAACUGCACUACCUGAGCCCUACUGGAUAGUAUUGAAUGAUCGGAUUGUGAGUGUUAUCAACAGUGCUACACUGACCUCGGAUACAGAAUGGGUUGGAUAUCCAUUCCAACUAUUUGAUUUCACAGCUUGUCACCAGUCUUAUUGUGAGAUGUACUGCAGCUAUGUUUUAGCCUUGGCACAUGCAGUGUGGCACCAUUCAAGCAUUGGACAACUUUCCCUUAUCCCCAAAUUUCUCACAGAAGUGCUAAAGCCUUUGGUGAAGACUGAAUUCCAGUUGUUGUACAUAUAUCAUCUCGUUGGCCCUUUCCUGCAACGGUUCCAGCAAGAAAGGACCCGAUGUAUGCUUGAGAUUGGCAUUGCAUUUUAUGAGAUGUUACAGAAUGUAGACCAAAACAGCAAGCACCUGAGCUAUAUGGACCCUAUUUGUGAUUUUCUUUAUCAUGUAAAAUAUAUGUUUACAGGAGACAGUGUGAAAGAUCAGGUGGAAAAAAUAAUCUGUACACUGAGGCCUGCAUUAAAACUUCGACUGCGAUUUGUGACUCACAUAAGUAAAGUGGAACCAGCAGCUCAAGUACAACCAUCAAGCAGUGCUUCUCCAGCCAACCCCUCCAGCCAGGUGUCCACUGGUGUUGCCCUACCAGUAACACAAUAAGAGAGUUUGGGCAGCCUUUUAUGUCAGGAGUUCUGUGAUGUAAAAAUUGUGUACCUAAAACAGAUUCCUACUUAAAAGCUGCUUUUUAAUCUUGUACGUACUUGCCAUUGAAUAGUAUAAGUAAUGCUAGUGGAGAAAGGUUGUUAAAUGCCAACAAUGUGCUGCGGUUGCUCUCUUGUUUUUUAAUGAUGGUCAGAAUGGCUCUGAGUGCUACUUCAGUAAAAAUGAACUGUUACAGUAAUGUGCAAUGAAUUACCCACUUAGCCCUACUGAUUUGGAACAUUGUAAUUCACACAAUGAAGCAAUCCUAGUAGGAAAUGCAAAAUGUUAUAGUUUUCUUUCUGUUAGUGAUGUCUCUCAUUGUUUUUUUCCACACCAUGCAAUUACAUGUUUUAUUUAAGUUGAAGACAGCUUUUACUGUUUCAUUCUGCAAGGUUUAUUGCAACUAGUUUGUAAAUUUUGCUCUCAAACUGUAUUAUCCAGUGUUUUUGACUAAAAUCAUGUAAGAAAUAACCUAAUUCUCAACUCAACUGAAGUAAAUGUGUACCUCUUUUGAAAUGAUCCAACAAGUUUUAAUUUGUUAAUUAUACUUUUUCAACUGCAAAAUAUUAAUCUUGAUUGUGUGAGCUACUUUUCAAAGAGUUUGUAUCUUCUAUUAUCACCCUUCUUUCUCAAAGGACAAUCCUGUUCUCCAUAUUUUUAAACUCUGGAUUCUUGAAAUUCUGAUUGGUGAAUUAUGACUCAAAUGGUGCUGUAAACCAAUUUUCAAAUGGCUAGCAUACUUGCCGCUUUUCAAUACAUCUUUGAGCGGAAUAGCAGUUCUAACAUAUAUCGAAGUGGUCUAUCUUAGCCAUCUAUUUUUAUUUUUGCUUCUCCUGUAAUUAUGGGAUGACUUGAAAUAUUUGUGGAUUGGCUUCCAAAUGUUUAUAACACUUGAUACGAUUGUCAAUCUAAUAUGAGCAAAAGAAAUGUAUGCUUUAUGAACAUUGAUCAGUACUGUCUAGCAAUAUUUAACUUUUUACAAUCUGCAUUUAUAUUCAAAUUUACUAGCCUGAAAGCAAGGAAAUCUUAUUGUUUCAUCCAGUUCAUGUCUUUUUUUACUGGUAAACCAUUGCAAAAAUUAAAUAUAAUUAAAGUAAUUUGAUAACUUGUUACUGACAGUAAACUACUUAAGUUUUGAUAUUCAAUAUAUUUUAUUAAAAUUAGGUUAAGGUUUUGCAGAUUUGCUUUGCCUAGUUAAAUCUUAGCCAAUUUGCAUUAAUUGGUCAACUUUUGUAUGUAGUCUGGAGAACCUGGGUAAAUUCUGCAGAUAUGUUUGAAACCUGAAGCACUGAAGAUGGAAAGGCCCAUACCUAAUUUAUGUGCUUUUAUCAAUAAAAAAUAUGUAGCAUAUUGUAA